AUGUUGGCAACUGAGAAGGACGCUGAUGAGAUAGCUUCAAGAGCGGUGUAUGAUGAACAGGAUGUGGCUCAUAUCGCGGUUACGAACACAUUUUCUCUUGGGACAGCCAAUGUCUUGCUCAAGGUAUAUUGGAGUCGAUCGUACUAUCCACCCCCAAAUAUCGAUGUCCGUUUCUGUGUUGAAUUUGCGAGUCAGGAGGACUGCACUCGGUUUCUUCAUGAGGAUAUGAGGAGAUUGACGCUGCGAAUCGUCUCCGGUGAGGAUACGGACAUCGCUGUCAUCGAUGACAUCAUGCGUGCACUUGACACAAUCAGUCGCGAUCAUUGGUCUGCACAGAAAAAUGCUGUUCGGCGUCGGAUUCCUUAUUCCCAGUUCAAAGACGAAUAUCCUGAGCCCGAGACGCAGCUGAUACGCCAUCGAGGCCAUGAUCGACCGUGCUAUCUCACACUGUCCAUCUCCGUCAGCCUCAGCUCCAUCGAACGCGUUGAUUGGAGUGCCACCACGAUUCCCCCAACUGUUCCCUCGCCCUGUGGCUCUUUCCAGUCCCUCAACAACCUCCACCUCAAAUUCCCUUCGCAUUCGUCCCAACAAGACGACCUCACCAUCUCCAUCUCCCCAUGCGAGUUUCCAUUCUUGGACGGCGCGAAUUCCGUUUCUGCUGGGAAUUCCUUCUCCAUAAAUAGCGUACAUCGUACCGUCAACAUCAACUACAUCAACAACGCUGGUGACGCGUUUUUGGCUCCUAUCUACGGCGGUAAUAAUGGCGGGAGGAAUAACACCAACACCAGUUCCCCUCAUCUACACCACACUCGCCAACUGAACACUCCCGAGCUCAAGUUCUGCUACUGGCUCGGGCUCUGGCUCGCAGACUCGCUCAAUCUCAAUCUCAGUCGCCUCAGGAGGCAAAGCCAUCCGCGGCAGUACGUAGAGCCGGUCGCUCUGUCAAAGCACGUACACAACGAACAAGGCCAUAUUGAUAUUCGCGCUGGGAGCCUGGAAGCAAUUCGCCACCCUGUAACACAAACCGAGUCCUCGUAA